AUGUCGGGCGUUUCUACGUAUACGUUUUAUGGGAGGGAUUUCACACCGACGAACCAAGCCCGACUCCUGAGCCAAGCGCGCAAUCAGAGCACCGGGAGCGCUCGUGCACUUUUCCGGCACUUUGAAGUGCAAAGUUCCGCACUAGCUUUUUCGGAGGAACGUGAGCGGGCGCUGCGGCACUCUGGCCUCACGGAGGCUCUGUUUGUUUUCGCUCGUGAGCUAGACGCAACGGGCAGACGGGACUACUUCGUCGGCACGCUCGACUCGUUUCUUUACAAGAGCUGGCGUUACGUUCCGCGUUGCUUCAGCGAAGUACUCAGAGAGGGCUUCGCGUGCAAGCUCUUCUUUGACCUGGAACAACGCCUUUGCCCGGACUGGGCGGACGAGCACCGCAGCCGAGUUGUUCAGCAGCUUGAUGCUGCGGUUGAGCGUCUCGUUCGAGUUGUCCGAGAGGCUGUGCGAGAGUGCGCAGGCGCGGACGUUGGGAGUCGGUUUCUCGAGGUUCUGGAACUGGACUCUAGCAUACCGGCGAAGUACUCACGGCACCUGAUAUUUCCCGGAGUUUUGCUGCAUGAUAACAUGGCUGUUGGCUGUUUUGUGAGGACCAGAGUUCUUCCGCGGCUUGAGAACGAGCUGCCAGAGGGUUUCAUUGAUAUCAGUGUUUACUCGCGGAAUCGGUGCUUUCGACUACCGUAUUCUCAAAAGUUUGGACGCGAUAAGGUUUUCGAGCCGACCGCAAGAUGGAUGGGCUCGAUAUUGUGUGCCUUGUCCACCGAGGAGCAGCGGGCCCAAGUUCUCCGCACUGCAAUGCUGACGAAUGCAUUUUAUGAAACGUCGUGCUCGCUCGAGCUGCCGCUGCCGCGGACGGGCGGCACUGCCCCGCCCGUGCACUCUGCGAAGCAUACGCCGAGUGCACCAAUGCCGGUUUCUGGUCUGGAACCAGGCCGUCUUCGCUCUCUUUUUCCAGCAAUUGAAGACUAUGUCAUCGAGUAUGCGCGCUCGAAGGAUACCUCCACGUGGCCCCGUAUCCGGAACUGGAUGUACUUCGCCUCCUCACGCACGCUGCUACUUUCGAUGGCGAAUCAUCGCUACUGCGCACGCGUUCGUCGGCAGCACCAAUCGAAUCAUGUGAUCUAUGUUGUUGAUCUGAAUCAGAGCGUAAUGUUUCAGAAGUGUCUUGAUCCGGAGUGUGCAAACUGGCGUUCCGAGCUGCAUGCGCUCCCGCUUGUCGUGCUUGGGCCCAGCUGCGCUGCAGAAGCUGCUAGUGCAACCGGAGCUGAAGACGCGCUUGAUCGAGCUGCGCUCGAAGCGCUCACUAUCGUCGAGGCCUGCUCUGGGUCAGAAGACGCGUUGCUCUACGAUUUGGUGACUGCGGCGGAGGUGCAGUACGGGGGAGCAAAGCAGUGGGAACGCGCGACCCCUGUGAAUGAUGAUGGGUUUCUUGGCCUCGUCGAGGUGUGCGAGUUGAGCGAGGAUCUCUGUGCCAUACAGAUGCACGUGAAUGCUGAUGAGUUUUCGUGA